AGUUUCCUCUUGUCACAAUGAGUUUUAUACAAGCAUUCCUUCAUACCUUUAAGGUGUGGUCACAGCCCAUGUGUGCCAUUCUAUUCUGAUGUUUCUGCCAGUAAAAGAAGAAAUACCUGUUACGUUCCUUCUUUUCAGAGGUCUGAGCGUCCUCUGACGUUAGCAACCCAGGAGGAAGACGUUGGAACUAGAAACUAAGGAAGGAAUGCAUAUAGUGGUGGGCAGUCUAGGAAUGUGAGGAAAUGUGAAGGGGACAUUUAAAGUGGACUUAAUGAUAACCAAGAACUAUAAAAAGACAACAGGAUUUGAGGGAUUCAUCCUGCGAAUAACCAUUCAUUGUAACAAGCCAUGAGCCAUAAAGUGGCUGCCACAACUCGAACUCCACCUACUACUGCACAUUCCACCACUUCAGCAGACUUUUUCAAUAAUAUCAUUAACAAAAUCCCAUUGCCGAAAUGGGCUAUAAUUGCAAUCGCUGUAACUGCAGGUGUCAUCCUUCUUGCCUGUAUCCUGUGCAUUGUGAUAAAAUGUUGCUGCAAGAAGAAAAAACAGAAGAAGAAAGAUAAAAUCAGUCUUCUCGGCAUCAAUGGCUCCACUACAACCAACUUUGUUCAGCCUGAUGUUGAUGAUUUAGAUGCUGGAUUAACAGAAAGGAGGGGGAAGUUACAGUACUCGCUGGAAUAUGACUUUCGAACUCAGGAGCUUACAGUUGGAGUGAAGCAAGCUUCACAGCUGAUUGCUAUGGACAGUGGAGGGACAUCUGAUCCUUAUGUCGUUACUUAUCUGACAACAAACCUGAAGAAAAAGUAUGAAACAAAAGUUCAGCAUAAAACAUUAAAUCCCAUCUUCAAAGAAUAUUAUACCUUUCAUAUUCCUCAGAGUGACGUAUCAGAUGCAGCUGUGGUUAUGAAAGUGUAUGAUUUCAAUCGUUUUAUGAAACAUGACAUAAUUGGUGAAGUGAGAAUUCCUCUGAAGUCCAUUGACCUUAAUCAUGUGAUUGAGGAGUGGCGGGAGCUAGAUCAAGCCGUCAAAGAUGAGCAAGAAAGGCUUGGUGAUAUCUGUUUUUCAUUACGCUACGUCCCUGCUACAAGCAAGAUGACUGUUAUAAUCCUGGAAGCCAAGAAUUUGAAACCAAUGGACACUGAUGGAUUAUCAGAUCCAUAUGUAAAAAUUCAAUUAAUUCUAAACAAGAAGAAAUGGAAAAAGAAGAAGACAACUGUGAAGAAAAAUACCUUGAGUCCAUAUUAUAAUGAAACAUUCACCUUUGAGGUACCUUUUGAGCAAAUACAGAAUGUGGUUAUGGUAAUCUCUGUCUGGGACCAUGAUAAAGUGAGUAAGAAUGAAGCCAUAGGCAAGCUUUUUCUGGGUUGCAAAGCAACAGGCAAUCAGUUACAGCACUGGUCGGACAUGCUAGCCAAUCCCAGAAGACCUAUAGCACAGUGGCACACUCUUCAGCCUGCGGAUGAAGUGGAUAAUGCAGUUGGAAUUAAAACCAGAUUUAAGAUACCAUAAAGAAGACUGGUAAAAGGACAGCAUAAGGAUGGCCUUGUUUUGGUAAAACUAAACUAAAGACAAUCCAGCUUCCUGGCCAUGAUGGCAAACUUUAAGUAAAACAUCUCUGCAAGGAGUGGCAGAAUGUCAAAUAUCUUUCUUCCAGCUGCUAAAUAUUCAUUAUUAGUCUGUGGGACUAGUACAGAACAUAUUAAGACAAUUAACACUUCAGCAGCAAUGUAACUAUUUGGGCUGUAAAUCAAUAAUUAUUUUAUAAAAAUGAGUCUUUGGUGAAGAUUGCACAGUUGCCUUUCUAAAAAAAUCUUGGGUUUCAAAUGUGGUGUGCACUUUAACAAAUAUAUAUACCUCAUUACAUCUCAGGUUGGUACACAGGUUACAUCUACAGCAUCUCGUUUUUCUGUAAAACCUCUUUACCUUUCCUUUUAAUAAUGCGUUGCAGCAUAUAUUUUUUCCCUGCUUUUUGUGAAGGCAUUUGAGGUCAAUCUGCUGUAAAACAUAUCACUGUCAUAUUCUUACCUGCAGUUGAAGUUUGUCAUCGUUUUAUUCCAUUGAUAGACAGUGAAUUACUUUUAGACUAUUUCUAUCUACGUCAGGAGCUAUGAUGGGAGGGAUCUCUUGGUUUGUGGGCUUUCAUCUUGCCUACUGAACUGCUGAAAUAAGUUGAAUGCUGCAGCUCUGUCUUAAACUACCAUAAGGAGACCAUCCCAUUGUACUUUGAGUCUACAGAGAUUUUCAGCUCCUCACUUAAAGCUUAGUCCACAUCUUCAACUAUAGGUUUUAUGUGUUUUCAUUACCACUACAUCCACAAUGUUCACUUAUCUAACAUCAGCAUUGUGAAUGAACCAGCUCCUCAGCUUAUUACAGGGGAAUGCUUCUAGGAGGUCCUUCUCCUUGGAUGGCCCAUGUUACCUUCACAAAGAGUUUGCAGCCUGGCUUCUCAGUUUUUGUACACACAUGCUUGUGUUACUUUCACAAGCAGUUUGCAACCUGAUUUCUCAGUAUUUUUACCUGCACACUUAGUUACUUUCAUAAGUAGUUUGCAGUUUGGUUUAUCAGGUUUUUGUACUCACACACGUUACCUUCACAAGCAGUUAAAAGCCUAGCUUCUCUGCUUUUGUAACCGCAUGCUUUCUUCCAAAUGUGAGCAUUUCUACUUGCCAAAGAUAAAUUGGCAGAAUUAUAUUUGGUAAACGCUAAUACAGUAAAAUUAUCGUUUGCCAGUUUUUGGCAAGAGAAAUUGUAGAAGGAAAAAGGAAUUAGUGUUUAGAAUGUGAGGUUCCUGUUACACUGAUGUAAUGCUCAUGAGAGGCUAUUGUCUCAAAGUUCCAUUUAAAGGCCUUUGCAUUCCAGGCUUUUUUUGCACAAAUGCUUUUUGCCGUGACUUUAUUAGUGCGUUGGUCUGCUUUUGAAGUAGUUGACAAUUUCCCUUGCUUCUGUCAAUGGAGAAAAAGACCACGCAGUUUGGUGUAAGCCACCUGCAACUGCUGGAGUCUGGUUUCUUCUGUGUCAUUUUCACUUCUCCCUCAUUAGCAGACAUUUCUUUUAUCCAUGCUUUCAACCCAUUAAAUCACUCAUAUUUUAGAUUUUUGUCCUUCUUCUUCUGAAAACAGAUAAGAUUACAGAUCUAAUGUCUGCCACAGAUAUGUUUUAAAUGCAAGAUGGAGAGUUAGAAUAAAAAGAAUCCUAUCUCACACACAGGAUGCUUACAAAUGUUUCUUACACUUACAGCACUCGGUGUUGUUGAACGUGCUUUGUAUGUGCAUGGUUUUCUCUUGCUACUUUGUACAUUUUAUAUCAACCUGAAUCAGUAUGUGUGUAUGCACUUGUAUGUUCUGAAGAGUUUCAUUAGUUUUCUGGUAAGUGUUACUUUUUUUGUCCAUCUCUUUCUUUCUUUCUUAAUUCCACUACUUCUAAAACUUAACACUGAAAGGAAAUGCUAGCAGAUGUACAGUGCUUGUUAUGUUCUGUUCUCUCUGUAGUUACUGCCAUGCUGUACAGCUUUGAAAGUCACUUUAUAAACUGAUAUAGUAGUAAAA